GAUCUUUGAAGUGAAAUGGACUCGAGAACAGCUUGACUUUGGUUAGAUUCUCAUUGUCUUCUCUUUCCUCCUCAUGGAUCAGUUAAAUGUGGAUUCAGUAGUUUGGGCCAGUGCCAAGAGAGACAUUUUCUGGCCUGGCCAGGUAAGUUUGAAGAUCUGUAAAUUCCUUGUCUGUCUGUUCAGAUACAUAUAUCGUCCUGUGACAAGAAAGGAAUCUUCCAUCCAAAGCUCCCACAUGACACAAAGUACAGCAGCUCGUAGAUUUAUCAUAACUAUCCCGUGUCCCAAAUUUUGUGAGCUUAUUCUUAAAAGGGAAGCCAAUAAGAACUGACAGAAGGUUCGGUUUCGAGCAUCACAUUAAUUUAGCGUCGAGAAGACAACAAAUUGAGGUUGCAAACUAUAAGCUUACAUGCAUGAAUGAAGUUGGAAUCAGUUUGUUGUCGCUUGGGUCCUUUGUUUAUGAAAGAAUAACCUAUGUUUGGGUUAUUUUCUGAAAGUCUAAGCUCGAAACUAAUUCAAAAAACAAGGAAGAAAUAUGUUACACAUGUGUAAUAUUAAUAUGCAGGCAUUUUUAAACCUCACCAAAAGCAAUAGAACAAAUCGAGGUCAGACUACAAAGGGAAAGACAAUACCUUCUGCAUGAUUAUAAGCUUUAUUAUUUGAUGUCCAGCAAAAAUUAAUGGCUAUGCAGCUGCAGAUGGGUAUACAGAUGUGCAACUAUUGCAUGGAUGUUUGUGUGCGACCUUCAAGGAUUUUUUUGCUUGAGUUAGUGUAUCGUAUUGUAGAAAAUCCAGUUUGCCAAUGAGUCAUUUUGGUAACUUCCUGUUUGCUAAAUUGUUUUGAUAACACUGAUUAUUUUGUGAAAACUAACAGGAGCAAAACCUCCUUGUUUAUUCUUAACAAUACAAAUGCCGUGCUGUAGCACCAAUAAUAAAGCCGUGAAUAAACAUUGUCUUAAAAAUAAUAAUAUUAAUAUUGACAUAGCGCCUAUCAAUUCCUGCUCACGGUGUUAUCUAUUAUCAUUCAGGAUGUAAUUCUUAUCAAGUAAGAAUCUUAUUCCACAGAGGAAAUUUUUUUAUUUCCAAGAACUGACUAACAAGAUGUUUGAUAUAACGUUUGCGAAGAUGUUAUAGAGGAUAUUACAUGGCCGCACGGGGAUACAAAUUUUAUCUUCGAGUGCUGAAAGAAUCUCUCACGAGUGAGCAAAGUGAACGAGUGAGAGAUACUUUCAGCACAAGAAGAUAGACUGCGUAUCACCAAGUGGCCAUGUAAUGUUCUGUUUAUUUUAUAGAUACUGAUGAAAUUCUUAUAUAAAACACAACUUUGUUUUUAUUCAUUUUCGAAACAGCAAAAUAUUGCAAUUUAUUAAAGUGGUCACCUAUUGCAAAAUGCCUGUCACAAAAAUGUUAUGAAACUCGGAUAUAAAGUUAUAAAGGAGAAAUAAAGACAAUAAUACUUAUAUUUUCUGUUCCAAAAAGUCAAAAUUCUAAUGAAGAAGAGAAAAAUUUUGGCUAAUCAUGGUAGUAACCAUGGCGACACCAAUAUCCUCUCACGUCAAAGAUAAAAAUAGUAUCUUCACUGAGUGCGAUGAAGAUAUGAUUUUUUUAGUAAAAGGAAAAAUCCUGGUAUUUCAUCAGUAUCUAUAUAAUAAAGUGAAUUAUCACAACGCUAGUGAAUUGAGCUAACACAAAAAUCAACGUAAGAUGUUAGUGAACAGGAUGUUAGCGAAGCAGCUCAUUGGCAAAACAACCAAAGAGUCUGUGUGUAAGUUGUAAAUCAGAGAAAAGCAAAUAACUUUUGUCUCUCUAGACUGUGAAAUGAACACUGAACACUACAAUCAUGGUAUAUUCACCCUCUUUUACAAACAAUACUGAACCAACUUUGUGACCUUGUUUUUCUCCAAGAUAGAACCAAAACUAGAGAACAAACUGACUCUCGCUCAUCCUCUUUGUCCCAGCUGAGACAUAAGGCUGCAAAACUAGCCGAAGAAAGGUUAUUGGGAUUUCUACACAUAAAUGAGAAUCAAAGGAAAAAAUUGAAUGAAUUCAAUUAGUCAAAGGGUAAAUUAACUUAAAAUUCAGUAUACAUUUAGGCCCUGUACUGUAUGUAGGCCAGGGUACCCAGGUCCUUAUUUGCUACAUGUGGCUGAGAAGUUACGUUUCAUCUACUGCGAAACAAACUCAAGGGUAGUUAUUAUUUUGUGAAAGUACUGGGAUUUGAAGUUCAGUAUCCUAUUUACUCUGACUAUCUAUCUAGCUAGCCACACAUCUGCAGUUGACCUUUAUUAAUGUUUAUUGUUUUUGUAAUGUUGAUUAAGGUUGUGGAAAGGAACAUGGCAAAUGAAACAGCAUCACCAAAAGCAAUUUUGACCGUUCGCUUUCUUAUUGAGGAUUCAUAGUAGGUUCAUGAAACAACUUUAUCUCUUGAGAAAUAGCUUGCACACAGACGUAUUCUAUUUCCUUUGUUGCCUGCGAGCAAUAAAGGCAAUAAAGGAAACAUCUGCAUGCAGGCUAUACAAACACUGUAAUAUUAUUUCACUAAACACAGGAGUUGAUACGAACUAGCUAUGUGUACAUACAUGUAUAACUCUGUUGUUUUUGUGGGCAACAAGAGGAGCCUGCAAUCCCAAUCUUAAGGUUAUUAUUAUGCAUGCAUCGCAUGUAUGUAGCCAGCAUUCAUUUAGACUUCCACUAAGAAUGAAUAGAAAGCACGUAACGCAAUUUGAUCAUGCACAUUUGGACCUUCUAUCACUCGUAUUCUGAUCAUGCGUGUUUUGACCAUCUGUCACGUGAAACUUAUGUAAAGUACAGCGUUGGAGCAAAAGCGUUUUGACCUUCGAUCAUUGUUGCCCACACUCUGUCACCUUUGGUUACCACUAUACAUCAUUAUUUUGUAAACAUACUGCCCAGACAUCAUAAAAUGUAUGUUUUAAAACCCUUUAAGACCUGAAUUUAUUUUUUGCACAUUUUAAGAUCUAAGGCUGGUAUUGUUAAAGGCACUGAAUCUUCCUUAAAAUUUAAGGUAUCAACAUAAACUUUGGAUAUCUGGUAGACAAGACUUUGGGUUAUCUCAUAAUCUGCCAAGCCACUUUUUAUUAAUAAGUAACUAAUAAAUAAUAAUUAACAGGUUGUUAAAUAUUAAGUUCAUGUCACCCAACAGGUUCACCUUAGUUGUUUUCAGUGUACUGACCUUCCAAUUUGGUCAUGAAAAUUACUGCUAGAGUCUAAAUCUAAAGUAAAUUUACUGAGGAUUAUUUUCAUACCACAUUUGCCUACCUUUGAUACUAUCAAGGUUAUAUUCUGUCCACAAAAUACAGCAUGGUUGGGUGUUACACCCUCGUAGGCCGAACCUUAUUAAUUGAAAGUGAGAACUUCUCGAUCGCUUUCUUCCAGGAGCUAAACAUAAACAUCCAAACAAAUGUUUUGUGGCCUUCCAGGAUGAAAAAAAUCUUUAUCACGGUUGAAAUCAUCAAUGUGUAUGUCCCGAAGACUGAGUUUUUCCUCUUCUUCUUCUCCCUGGUUUGAAAAAAUUUCAUUACUCCAUCCUUGCUAUCUUCUUUGGUGUUCAUAUCAAAGCCUUCGAUAUCCAAAACACGCCACGAUCGGUAUCUUGAAGUUUCCAUCCAAAAUAAUCAAAAAAUCUUUCAAAUUAUAACGUGUCCUAUGCUCAGACAUGUUGCAGAACUAAAAUUAAGCUUACUCUUGCUCUAACAAAUCGAAAAUGUCGCAGAAACUGGUUCAAAACAACUCAAAAUGGCGAACAAAACAAUCCACUAGGCGUUGCAAAGAAGGGGGAUCUGUACCGCCACCGAAAUGAUCCGCACCAUCGAAAUGAUCUCCGCCACCGAAAUGACCCCCAAUCACCACCCAAAUGAUCCCCACCACCGAAAUGAUACCGGCGGUCACCACCGAAAUGAUCCCCGGAAUAUCGGGAAUGGAAUUAAGAGGACUACAAAAACUGGACAACAAUUUAGUGCGUGCUUUUUAUUUAUUUAUAUUGCAUCUUUUUUACGGUGUGUAAUUUACCUUUUAACGCACUUUAUUUUGCAGUAAAUUGUUUUUUUUUUGGUUUAACACUAGCAGUAGGGCUCCUGACACUAGACAAUACUUGUUCAAAAGAUGCAAUUCACUUAUGUCUUCUAUUUCUUCUAAUUUUUUUUUAUAUUUUUGCAAGAAAAUCUUUUUAAUAAAAUUGUUUAAGCAAAAUAAGUCAAAUGUAGCAAUCAGGUUAUGUCUUCUUGAUGAUGUCAUGACGACAGUGAUGACGUCAGUUACAGGCUCACACUACAACACGUGCUUUCCAAUUAAUUUCGGUACUUGCACUAGCUGCUGUAGCUGUCAUGUCAAAUCAUUAACAUCAUGAAAAUUAUUCUGUUAUUCACAAUUAUUUUUCUGCUCCUGACCAGACUGUGUGCGACCUUUGCCACUACAUGGAAACUCACCCUGUCAUGGAGUGAGCCGACAUUUAUAUUUGUGAAUUUCUUUCUGACAUAAAAGAAUAGUGUGACAAAAUGUGCUGACAUUUUAUAGCCCGGCAGAAUGCUCUAACACUGUCAAGUUUUUAACGCAAAACUAGUUAUAAUCUGCUUGUUAUCACGUUAUAUGAUAAACCUGUUCCCUGUUCAAGGCGGAUUUAUGUAUUUCCUUAAAAAAAUGUUAAAAUUUUGAAACUAAAAUCAGUUUAUACAACUGUUAUCAGUCUAAUUGCGUUCUCUAUUUUCUGCUGUUUAGAAUCGUGUUUGCAUGAGUAAACGAAGAAUUUAGAAUAGAUAGCAAAGUCCGAAGUCCAUUUAAGCCAAGGUUCCUAAAAUUUAUGACGGGAUCAUUUCAAUUGCAAAUAGGUAUCAUUUCGGUGGCGGAGAUCAUUUUGAUGGUGGGGAUCAUUUCGAUGGCGGUACAGGGUCUGGAAGCUAAGUUUGAGGAAACUGCUGGUCAAAUGACUGUGGGCCAUAUCAGAUCGUACAAAUUUGUACGAUUCGAUCUUAAAGGGUUUUAAUCCCU